AUGGCUUUCUACUCUUUCGGAACCAUCAUGGGCCCAACCCUUGGUCCCGUGCUAGGUGGUAUAGUUAAUGGAAAUCUUGGUUGGAGAUGGGUAUUCUGGCUGGCUGCCAUCUUGGCUGCUGUUGCUGCAGUUGGCUUGUUGUUUUGGUUACCAGAGACUCAUCAACCAACAAUCGAACGCUUGUUGACGUCAGAACCGCAUGAGUCUCACCGGAAUCAACAGCACCAUGUCAGAGGACUCUUAGCGAGGCUGCCUUCUUUCGAUAACCUCCGCCGAAGUUUGUGCAGUGCAUGGCUUCUCCCACUCAAAGUCGCGAGCCACUUGACUUGCCUGGUACCCCUCCUCAUGAUCUGCGUUUUCAAUGGAACUGUCAACAUGAUCUUGUCGUCUCUGGGCACUGUUUACCAAAAUCAUUUUGGAUUUCCAGCUUUAACCGUGGGUUUAUCAUACUUGGGAAUAGGAUUUGGGGGGAUCAGUGCACUAGCAUUUUCAAAAAAGUUGAUGCAGUUCGUUGCGACGAAAUUUCCGGAGGAUGAAGACAGGAAGCAUGCCAGUCUCUUACUUUUAGCAUCGGGGGCACUUCUGCUUCCAGCGUUAGGCCUUUUAUGGUAUGGAUGGUCCGUCGCAACACACACAUCUUGGAUCGUACCCAUCAUUGGACUAUAUUUCUUCGGCUUUGGCUACAUGGCUGUGCAGCUCUCGCUACUCAUCUUCGUCGUUGAGUCCGUACCGGGCUUUUCAGGCUCUGCAGGCGCCGCUUUCACUGUUGCCUCGUCUAUAGGGGGGUCCAUCAUUCCUUUGUCAACCUUCCCAAUUUACGAGAAGGUUGGUUAUGGAUGGGGGAAUACGAUCAUUGCUGGUAUUGAGAUACUGCUUUGUGCUGCUUCAAUGACUAUGUACUUGUGGACGAGGAAAGCUGGCGCCCAGUUGCCUUUAAAGGUCCAUAUACAUAGAUAG